AUGGCAAAUAUGUUCAACAAAAAAAAAGAACGACCGCCAUCAAUUAACGGCAGUGGACACCUAUACACCCAUGACGGGUCGAAUGGUUCGUCUUCAAGUUCAGACAACUCCUUUUUCCCUUAUUCGUAUGCAAACGGAAUCCCAGUAACAAACUACUAUAGUCAUAGCGAGGCUCCGGGUAGCAGUGAUAUAGCACAGCCACAUCAACAGCAGCACCAGUCUCAAAACCAGCAAGAACAACAAUCGAGUUAUAUCUCAAAACCCACAUUUGGUCUAAAUGACUUCGUUCUUUUAGAGACUCUGGGCACAGGGACUUUUGGACGUGUCUUUCUUACAAAAUUCAAACACACAGAAAAUUAUUACGCAAUGAAAGUACUAAAAAAGGUGGAAGUAGUACGGCUCAAGCAAGUCGAGCACAUUAAUUCCGAAAAACAAAUUUUGGCUCAAGUGCAUCAUCCUUUUAUCGUGAAUUUAUUUUGCACUUUUCAAGAUGAUCGAAAUCUUUAUAUGUUACUGGAAUAUGUGAUUGGCGGUGAACUUUUCUCGCAUCUACGAAAAGCGGGACGUUUUAGUAACGAUGUGACUCGAUUUUAUGCCGCGGAAAUUAUUCUAGCAAUUGAAUAUUUACAUUCAAAAGAUAUUAUUUAUCGUGAUCUGAAGCCGGAAAAUCUAUUACUGGAUUCAAGGGGGCAUGUGAAAAUUACCGAUUUUGGAUUUGCAAAAAUAGUGGAAGAUCGAACUUGGACACUUUGUGGCACACCAGAAUACUUGGCACCGGAAAUUAUUCAAAGCAAAGGUCACGGAAAGGCUGUGGAUUGGUGGGCGUUAGGGAUUUUAAUAUUUGAAAUGCUAGCUGGGUACCCGCCAUUUUUCGACGAUAAUCCAUUUGGCAUUUACGAAAAAAUCCUAGCCGGAAAAAUACAAUUCCCCUCUCACUUUGAUCAAAAUGCCAAAGACCUCAUAAAACGCCUGCUGACUUCGGAUCGUACAAAACGAUUGGGUAAUCUUCGAGGUGCAAGUGAAGACGUGAAAAAACACAAGUGGUUCCGCAAUGUAGAUUGGCAAGGUCUCUACGAGAGACGUACACAGGCGCCAAUCGUGCCACCAUUUCAACAUUCUGGAGAUACGAGUAAUUUCGAAAAAUAUCAAGAACCGAGUGAGGAAGAAAAUGUUAUGGGAAAAUCUGGGUCCGGUGUGGAUCCAUUUCGACAUUUGUUUACGAGUUUUUGA